AUGAAAGAGAUGUCUGGACUCGUGUGGAGACAACUGAUCACUGAUUGUCACCGAUUAAGACAAGUGGCCAUCAAUUGUAUGCACUGUCGAUACGCGCAUUGGUCAACAAUUCGACAAAAAAAAAUUCCGAAAGACAUUGCUUUACAACACUUCGACAACUUUUAUGGCAAAGUCUACGGCAAUAAUUGGAAGUCCAUUCGGUUGGGUCUUCUGUCGCCAAAUAAGUACUGUUCGGUUGUCAACAUAUUUGCCGAUUACGAAGAUAUUGAGAUCAAAAUGAGACAAUUGGGUGCCGUUGAUCUCAGACGAUAUUACGAGAGACAUCACAAGAAAUACACGCGAAUGGAGCGGAGGAUGAAAUUAUUGGCCGAAAAGAAGGCCAAAAAGAUCGCAAUGAUGGCUGAAGAGGCUGGUGUUGACGUGUCUGAGAUUAAUGCCGACGAUGUAGUGGUCAGUGAUAUUAGCGACAGAGAAUUGGGAAGUGGAGGGUCUUCCGUAUCGGACGCCGAAGAUCUACUGGAGAUGUUAUCACAAAAAGAAGACUCAGACGAUCCGUUCAUCAAUGCGGCCAAAAUGGACAUUGAUUUGAAUGAUUUUGUUCCGAUCGAAGAUCUUAAAUAUGGCGAAGAGAUUGUAACAGAAGCACCUUAUUAUGAGUUUUACCAAAAAGAUAUCGACAUCCCUAUAGAGCACAUCCAGGAAACAAAACUAGAGAUACCAGAAAUUCUUAAGAUAUAUUCAUUUCCGCGCGGAGUUAUGUCCAAUUUUCCUGCACCUCAGCGCCAAAAAUUAUUGGGAGUCUUUGACUACUUUUUGAUGGACGGCGCAUCUAUAUUACCUGUGCUGGCCCUCAACAUACAGCCAAACGAUAGAGUGGCUGACUAUUGUGCGGCACCCGGAGGUAAAUCAUUAAUCAUGGCAUUGACUUUAAGACCAAAGUAUCAAUUAUGUAACGACUUAUCACUGUCAAGAUGUAGUCGACUGAAGAAUGUUUUUGAUACAUAUAUUCCUGAAAUUCAUGCCCUGAGGAAAACUCUUGAGUUCAGCAACAAAGACGCUAAAACAAUCAUUAAGACCGACGCCUAUGACAAGGUCUUAGUGGACGUCAUUUGUACCAAUGAUCGGCUUUCUGUGGCUGAAAACGACAACAGUUGGUUCAAAAACACACGACUUCAGGAACGACUUCGACUACCCGAAGAACAGCUCCAAAUGCUUUACGCCGGACUCAGAUCCGUUAGACCAGACGGUGCAGUCGUGUACUCGACAUGCAGUCUGUCUCCCAUACAAAACGAUGGUGUCGUCCAUAUGGCACUCAAACGAAUUUGGGAGGAAACCAAUCAUGUGUUUGUCGUUUGCGACCUCAAAGAAGCUUUUCGGCCUUUUCGUGGUCUCUACAAAAUGAACAAUACAUUCAAAUACGGCACACAAGUGGUGCCAUUCAUGCCAUCAAAUUAUGGUCCGAUAUAUAUCUCAAAAUUGAAACGAAUUCAGUGAUAGUUUAGAUUUUUAAUGUUAUUUUUUAAA